AUGCUGCGACGACUAGUGCGUACUGCCAAGGAUGCCAAGGUGAAUGCGUGCGGAGUAGUUCGUCACUGUUCCUUCGCAAAGCCUGACAAAGCUCCUUCGAAGAUCUGGAAGUGUGCUGAAGCGUACAGCUCUUGCAUGCAUCGUGCAAAUAUCAAGGAAUUUGUUUUGGACUUCAGAGAUGAAGGCGGUCUUCGCCAUCGAUGUUUGCAGUGGGGAAGUUCAGCUUCGCAGGGUCCUUUAUUUUUUUGCCUUCAUGCUGCGAGCCUUUGCGGUGGUGUGUGGGCACCUGUAGCAAGCCGCUUGGCCAGCCGCUUGGACUGCGUGGUGGUGGCUUGUGACCUGCGCGGCCAUGGUGAAUCAGAUGCGCCCAGUGGUUGCCCGCACUACUCCUGGCAUGCCUUCGGGGAGGAUUUUAUCCGACUGACGACCUCCGUUUCCAAGCUUUAUGGCCGUGGCCCGGCUGCCUGCAUCACCCAUUCGUUUGCAGGAGACACGGCGCUUAUUGGUUUGACAGCAAAACCGCGGACCGACAUGAAGCUGUUGAUGUUCGAUCCAGUUCUAGCAGAUGCUGAGGGUGCCAAAAUUGGAGCCGAACGAUUAGCGAAGGGCACCAGACGGCUUGGCGAGAAGGAAGAACAUGGCUUUGAUUCACAGCAAGCUGUGGGUGAGGGGCUGGAGCGAGUUCUUCGUGCUGCGCUGGCUCGCCCAUCCUUGCAUCCGGAGGCCAAGGACGCGUUUGCCGCAUUCGGCAGCUACAAUGACAGUGGUCGAUGGCGCCUGCUCUGUCGCCGUGAUAACGAGGCUGAGGUCUAUGCGAAUCGCAUUGCUCUUGCAGACUUCUUGUCUGGGAAGCAGGUGAAUGCCGAGGCGUCGAGAGUGCCCUCCAGCGUGACCGACAGCAAGCGGACCAGGUUGUGGCUCGAUGCCUGCCAGGCUCUUCUGUGCAUCCAGCUGAUGGCCUUGGACAUUUCCUUGUUCUGGAAGAUCCGGACUAUGUUGCCGAAACGGUUCACCGUAUCUUCUUGUCAUGCUGAGCUUGCAGCUUCAGCAAGUUGCGCGAAGAAAGAGGAUUGUUUGAUCCGCACAGCUCCACAGACGCUUUUCUUGCAAACUUGCUUCGCCUGGCUUUUGGCCCCGUUUGUUGUGCGGCAGCUUUGGUCCGGGGAGGCAGCGUUGCGGCGAACCUUGGCCACCUACGGAUCCACCAUAAGCGCCUGCGGCAGUGCACUCCAGUGGCAGGUGUCUCUGCAGCUCUUGGGGCAACUGCAGGCAGCCAAGUUGGAGCCCGGUCAGAUUGUGCUGAACCUCUGCAUCAAUUCAUGCCGCAAGGCUGGGCAGCUGCAUGUGGCCCUGGACAUUUUCAAAGAAAUGCUGAACAGGUCUGAGGAGCCAGACAUUCUGUGCUACACGUCGCUCAUCUCGGCAUGCAGUCCGGGGGCGCAGUGGCAGCUGGCCAUCUGCCUGCACGAGGAGAUGCGGUCGAAGGCUGGAGCAGAUGUAGUUUCCUUCAACGCGACGCUGGGCGUCUGUCGAGAAGCAAGCCGAUGGCAAGAAGCAAACAGGAUUUUCUCUGAGCUCUGUCAAGCAAAUCACUUGCCGACACUGCCCACAUUCAAGGCUGUGAUUGCAGCUUUCGCCUACGCCCAGUACUGGUCGGACGCAUUGCAGCACCUGCAAGAGCUGCGGAAGCUUGAGGGACCGUCCCUGAGUAGCGAUGUCAUUGUCCAGUAUGGGAUCGUGUCCAAGGCAUGUGCUGAGGCAGGUCGCAAGGACAUGGAGCAAAAGCUGUUGAAGGAGGCACAGAGGCUCUCUGUGAAUGUGCCGUCGUUUGCUUCCGAAUGGUUGAGUGUUCUGCACUGGGAAGCUGCGCUGGCGUAUUUCAUGCACGGACAGGCAGUUGGGGCGUGGGUGCCCAAUCAGACGUUGGGACCCACAGUUGCCAUCGCAGAUGUAUUGCUUGAUGCCGGGCGACAUGCUGACGCGUGGAACGUGCUUCUGUCUGCCCAGGAGGCUGGCGUGCUACGAUUGUGGCAGGACCCAUCAACGUUGGACUUGCACCAGCUUGGAACCUGUUCUCCUGCUGUGGCUGUCGCUGCCGUCAGUGCUCUGCUCCUUUCACAGGCUUCUCUGCAUCACUUCUGUGCUUGGAAGGGCUUGGCUAUCGUCACUGGACAGGGCAUUCACAGUCGGCAUGGAGUUCCCAUUCUCCUGCCAGCUGUCCUGCCCGGCCCUUAUGCGGCCCGCACGCCGGUAAGGGGUCAAAGGAUCAUGCUGGCAACCGUGGAGAACAACAUGCCAAGUGUAACGAGCGCAUUCCAUGAGAAGGCAAGCAGCAUAAACGGAAAGGAGAAAGCUGCUAAGCUAGAUGGGAAGGCAACGGGACCCCUUGAGCACAUCUUCACGAGUUUGCACAUGAGCCUCAAUGAGUUCGCGAGAUCUAGGUUUCGGUACUUCCGGCAGUUCAUCAGCCCUGCCAAGAUACUAAGCCAGUUGGCGAGGCGAAUUGAGAUGUCCGUGCUUAUGCCAGGCUCAACGGAGUUCGUCGUUGUGCCUUUCGCCGAGAACACGCGAGACCUGCGUUAUCUUGCAUUUCAUUUGCAUAUGGUGGAAAAGGGCAGUGGCCACAUGCGAGCGGAGGAACCCGGAGAGCCAUGCACUAUCAGACACUAUCACCAGCGUGACGUACAAACCGACCUUGAGUCGUGCCACUUGGAGAAGAUAUGCCUGACCUACGACGUGGCACUUGCGGCCGUAGUUCUUCCCACAGUAUGCCGGCACCAGUCCGACUGGAAAAUUGCUCUCACCAGUUCAGAGGUUGGAUACAUUAAUUUUGGAUGUCCCACGCCUUGUGCGGACAAAAUCUAUUUCGGCUGGGCACGGGAAUUCGAGUUCCGUUCGAAGUUCCCACUUUGCGCAGUUUUGUCUGGUCUUUUCUUCAUCUAUGCAGAGGGAUACCGUGGCUUCCAGCAGAAGUUUUCACCACUUGUGGUUCGGCGAGCCUUGCUUCUUGAUGGGCAGCAGCCUGUCAUUCGACAGGUGCUCGCGCCCGCAUACGCCAUGGCAUUCUUCCAUGCUCACAAGAAGCGCAAGGUAGUGUCGUGGGGCCUGAUAGUUGGGAUCAUGGUGAUCGUGGCGAUCGUCAAAAAGCUGCCUUACCCUUAUCGAGCAAUUUUGGAUGCCGGAGUCUGUGCUGGGUUGUCCUGGGGCAUGGGUGCCACAGUUUUCAUCUACGCCAAGUCAUUGACGACUGGAAAGGCACCGGAGAUCGAUCCGUGUUUGCCUCAAGAGCCAUAG